CAGAGGAAAAUGGCAGCAGAAAAUCACUCCACAGUGACUGAGUUCAUCCUCGCUGGGCUAAUAGACAAACCAGAGCUCCAGCUGCCCCUCUUUCUUUUCUUCCUGGGGGUCUAUAUAGUCACAGUGGUGGGGAACCUGGGCAUGGUCACUCUGAUUGGGCUCAGUUCUCACCUGCACACUCCCAUGUACUAUUUCCUCAGCAGUUUGUCCUUCAUUGAUCUCUGUUAUUCCACUGUCAUUACCCCCAAAAUGCUGGUGAACUUUGUGACAGAGAAGAACACCAUCUCCUACCCUGAAUGCAUGACUCAGCUCUACUUCUUCAUUUUUUUUAUUGUAUCAGAAUGUCAUAUGUUGGCUGUGAUGGCAUAUGAUCGUUAUGUGGCCAUCUGUAAGCCAUUGCUUUACAAUGUCACCAUGUCUUAUCGUGUCUGCUCCUGGUUGCUCAUUGUGGUAUAUAUGAUAGGCUUCAUUGGUGCCACAGCUCACACAGGUUGCAUGCUAAGAGUGGUUUUCUGCAAGGCUAAAAUAAUCAACCAUUACUUCUGUGAUGUUCGCCCACUACUGGAGCUCUCCUGCUCCAGCAUUUAUAUCAAUGUAGUGGUACUUUUGUGUUUCAGUACCUUUAAUACUCUUGUACCAACUUUGAACAUCCUUGCCUCCUAUGCCUCCAUCAUUGCCAGCAUCCUGCGAAUCCACUCCACUGAGGGCAGGUCCAAAGCCUUCAGCACAUGUAGCUCCCACAUAUUGGCUGUUACAAUCUUCUAUGGUUCUGCAGCAUUCAUGUACCUGCAGCCAUCAAAUGUCAGCUCCAUGGACCAAAGCAAAGUGUCUUCUGUGUUUUACACCAUUAUUGUGCCAAUGCUGAACCCCCUGAUCUAUAGCCUGAGGAAUAAGGAUGUCAAAGUUGCUCUUAAUAAAAUCAUUGAGAAAAGACUAUUUUGCAUUAACAAAGAUUUAUGA